AUGAAUGCAACUGGUGAAAACCACCGCAAAGGCUCAAGCGAAGGAGACAGCUUCUUUGAAGAGUUGGCCGCCUAUGAAAGGAGUAAGGAGAAAGAAAAUAGAGUCAUGAAUCGUUUCACUACCAAAGACCGCCUUGAUAAUACUCUUUCAUCACAAUCUGAAACGAUCUUCGCUCCUGUGAAGAACGCUCCAGAGACAAAGACCCCUACACCUGUAAAAAAAGUGGUCCGAGAUCCACCUAUGAAGAACACAAGCAGGAGUCUUUAUAUGACACCUGGUCCAGGACGGAAAGAUGUCUCACCUCAAAGCAUUCCACCACGACCAUGGACAGAACUGAAAUUCUAUCAGAGACUCACACCAGCUCCUUCUAACGAACAGAAGAUAAGGCCACCCUCCGAGUCGCCGGCACAUUUGAGUCCUUCAGUUGACAGUAACAGCAGUGACGAUGCUCGCAUUCACUCAGAUAAGGCCCGAGACUCACCGAUGAAGAGCGCCAGUAGGAGUUCUUAUGUGACACCCUCUCCAGGAUGGAGAAAUGCUUCGCCUCAAAACAUUCCACCACGACCAUGGACGGAACCGAAAUCCUAUCAGAAACCCACAUCAGUACCUUCUGUCGAAGAAAGGUUCAAGCCGCCUUCUCAAUCACCAAAGAAAAUUGGGCCUCGAUUGGACAUCAACUCCAGUGUCCAAAGUCCACUCCUUUCAGACAAGGUGAGGGAGGGACAUUUGUCCAAGAAUGAUGAGGUGUGCACCAGUUUGUUCCUAGCUUUAUCCUUCUAUUCCGUGAAACCUAUUUCUUCCAAAAUUCUUGAGCGGAUCAUCAUCAUCGACAUCGGGCACUACUACGUGCGAGCUGGAGCUCUGCGCGACGGAGGAACGAACCCUGACCUCUGUCUACCCAAUAUAUUCGGUGUGACCUCGACUGGUGUCCUCUUCGGUGAUGCCGUGCCUCGAAUUACAGAUGCCGAAUUUGUGAAAAGCCGGCUCAACCUAUACGAAUACGGCAAGAGUUUUAAGGUGAAGUCAGUGAAUUCUCUGAUCUUGCAUUUGUGCCAUGGUAUCACAAUGCUGGUUUCUACUAUUCACCAACAGCUCCUGCUUUGCCUCCCAACUCGUGCAUCGGCGCUGCGACCGUAUUUCAUUGACUACUUUCUCGGACCCACUGCGGCGACUGAUGGAUUUGGAAUUGUUGAAGCCGUGGCAACUGUCUCCGCUUUUCGAGCCGCUCUUCAGACUCCGAAGGUCUCAACUUGUCUCGUCAUCUCCCUUAGUGCAGACCUUGAAAUUAUCCCCUUGGCUGAGGGAGGCCUCGUGGAACAUGGUAGAUCAACCACUGCUCUUUACGGCGAAGAAGCUCUUCGUUCCUUUAUGAAGGAGAUGGUCGCAGCGAACAUUGAACUAAGCGAACAGGAAUUCGAGUGCUUCGGACACUACAUCUACCAACAGGCGGCAUUUAUCGAAAACAAAGAAACGAGAUGUCAUGACGUUGUGAUUGAUUUGUCGCAGUACGCACCCUACCCUAUAAAUAAACGCAUUUCCGUGCCAGCCGAGCUGCGACUAAAGGCAUCAGACGCACUUCUGCGACCAGAGCAGGCGUGUACCUACAACGGGGAGUUGCCCUCCUUCAAAGAACUCCUCAACAGGACUAUCCAAUCCUGCGACGUUGAUCUUCGCAGCGCAAUCUGCUCCAACGUCCUCCUCAUCGGCGAGUUUGCAGGCAUCGAAGGCUUACGGGAACGGAUGAGUGAGGAGAUGCGAGCAUUCCUGCCGGAGGGCGCAAGCCCACCUACAGUACAGGUGGCGAUGAACUCCGCGGGAUUGGCGUAUGAAGGUGCAUGCCUCCUCUCUACUGUGCUGCAGGGUCCACAGCCACCCCGCUGUCCGUGGUUUCGCUUCAUAGACGCGAAAGCUUGGUCAUCAAUGCGGCUAGAAACAGGUUGUAGCACAUCCUUCUCCGGCACUCGCCUUCUCAGUCGCCUCAAUAGAGACUGCCUUUGGCCCUAG